AUGAUUUUUUUUCGUACAAUGCUUCAUAUCCAUGCCUGUCUUGAAUCAACAUGUCAACAAAAUCGUUUUCAACUUGAAUUUUUUAAUAAUACAAUAGUUUUACAAGAAAUUCUUUACAAUUUUAUAUCAUAUUCUUUAUCGAAAUCAAUGAAAUCGUUUUUUGAUGAAUUAUUUCAAGAAUUAUCAUUAAAUAAAAAUAAAUAUGCAUCAUUAAUAUUACUUUUUCGUAUUAUUGAAACAUUUGAUUUAAUUUUAACAAAACAAUCUUAUGAUCUAUCAAUACAUUUAAUUAAUCUUCUAAUUACUCAAUUAUUUAAUUUAAUUGAUCAAUGUCGUGUACAACUUAUUUUACCAGCACUCCUUCCAAUAUCAUUUAAUAAAACUCAAGUUGAAUAUGGUAGUCUAUACGAUAUAACAUAUUCACUUCUAAUGAAAUUUUUUAAUCAUGAACCGAUGCAAACAGUUCUCUCAUCAAUGAAUCAACUUGUACAAUUAUCUGAUGAUGAUAAUAAUUCUUCCAUACUUCCAACAUCUAUACAAUUAUCUAGUGAAUUAAUUAUUCAAUGUUGGUUUUUAUAUCAUCAAUCAUUACAAUUUCAAUAUCUUUAUGGUUUAUUUCUUAGUGAACUUCUUCAACUUGAUAUACAUUCAAAUUUAAUAAAUCAUUUCUUAACAAUGCCUAAUAUACGUCAAGUUAAAUUCUAUGCUUAUGAAGCAAUAAUAUCAUCAAAUACAUUUCAACAUAUUUAUAAUUUCUAUUCAAAUAUUUCUUCAACAAAAGAAUCAAUAAUUAAUUCAACAAAUCUUUCAUUAAUAUAUCCAACAAAUAUCAAUCAUCUCUAUUCAUUUAUACGUUUAUUUAAUACAGAAUUAAAUUUAAAUCAAAUUCAACAUACAAUGGAUACAUGUAUUUAUUCUAUUCAACAAUUUCUUUCAUUACCAUUUAUAACAGAAUCAACAUGUCGAAAUUUUAUUAUUAUUUUACGUUUAUUAACAUAUUUAACAAAUAAUAAUAUGAAUGAAAAUUUAAAAUGUUUACUUGGUCAAUUAACACAAAUAUUUAUUAUACUUGAUGAACAAACAGCAAUUGAUGUACGAUUAGAAUUAUUACAUGUCUUUGCUAUACAUUCAAAUAUACUUGAUGAUAAUGAUCUUGGUAGAUUACUUGAUUUUAUGUUAACAAAUUCAAUUGAUUCAAAUCCAAAUUCAAUUGCUUUUCAUAUUGGAUGUUUAGAUGUAGUCGAUUCAUUACGACAAAGACAAUCACGUAGUAAUAAUAUAACAGAUCUUAUUAUUCAAUUGAUUGUACGAUAUGGAAAUGAACAUCAAUGUAGUAAUUUACUUAAAGCUCAUCUUAUGAAAAUCUUCCUAGCAUAUAUAUCUAAUGGCAAUGAUGAUUCAUUACCGAUGAAAGUUAAAUCUCAAUGUAUAUUAUUACGUGCUAGUAUUGAUGAAUUUGAAAAAAGUAAAAAAACUGUAGGAACAACAAAUAAUCGUUUUCCAGAUGAAAAUGUAUUGAAAGUACUUGAUUCAAAUCAUUCAGCAAUAGCCAAAGAUUUAGUAACACAAGAUCAUGAUAUACAAUUAAAAUUUUAUCAAACAAUUAUCAAUGAACUUGAAUUUCAACAAUGUUCAUUAUCAACACAAAAUCUUAAUGCAAUGCAACAAGAUUAA